AUGGGAAAUAAUACAUGGCAUGAUAAUAAUCAAGGAAAACAGAUCCAAUACGGUGACGGAAACCGUAACAUUUACCAAUCUUAUAACAACAAUUCAAAUAAUUAUAGAGGUAGUGACAAUAAUCCGAGAAAGCAAAUACAAUAUAACAACAACUCAUAUAAUUAUAGAGGUAGGGACAACAAUAAUAGAAAGCAAAUACAAUACAACAACAAUGAUUAUAAUAUGAAUAUUGAAGAAAUUAUUGAAGAGAAAGUCGACUCUACAAAGAACAUAGAUGAUAACGAUUUCAAUGUUAACAACUUAUCUGGGGACAUGCUCAAUGACAAAGAUAAUGCAUUUAUGACUACUUUAAAAGUGAACGAUAUAUGCAAGUCGACACAAUUGACUAAUGGGCCAAUCAACAAAGCAAGUGUUAAGUUACAUUUAAGAAGUGAUGCCCAACCUAAAAUUAUACCGCCUAGACGUAUACCUUAUUCAAAAAUUGAUCUUGUUAGCAAUGAACUUAAAAAAUGGAUACAUGAUAAAAUUAUUGAGCCGGUGAAUGAUGUCCGAUGGGCAAGUCCUAUUACUCUACAAAGAUGA